GACGCGCGACUGAGACGAACAUGUCUGCGAGCUGUCCCCGAUAACACACUUCUACCACGGCCCCUGGACCCUCCACAGCUCCGGCAAUUUCCACAGCUGAGCGGACAGUGCAGUAUUGAGAUGAGCUCAGAGGUGGAGCAGGCGGAGACUACGGCGGAGCCCGAGCAGAGCGGGCUGCCGUUCAGCAGACAGAUAAAAACAGAAGACAUCAGUGACUCUCCUCACUGUGAGUCCACGCUGAAGACAUGUCCCCUGAGCCACAGCUCCCCGGGGCCCAUGCCAGGGGCCCCUCAGCUCACAGGGGAGCUGCCUUCGCUACACACCGUCCCGCAGCUGGUCCUGAUGCCACCUGCUCAUCUGGCACCACCCACUCACCUAGCCACGCCCUCCUCCUUCCUGCUGUCCCAGAGCUCCAGCACUCACCCAGCUCUUCUACAGCAGAACCUUCUGUCUCUCCCCAACCCCUCGACCUCCAGUCUCCUGCACCAGUCUGGUCUCAGCUCCCAGUCCAUGGCGCGCUCCAGUCUGGACGCCCACAUGGACAUGUCCCACCUCCAGGUGGCCAAACACAUGGCUCUAGCCCCACAGGAGGAGCCCAGUGACCUGGAGGAGCUGGAGCAGUUCGCCAAGGCCUUCAAGCAGAGGCGCAUCAAACUGGGCUUCACUCAGGGAGAUGUGGGACUUGCCAUGGGGAAGUUAUACGGCAAUGACUUCAGCCAGACCACAAUCUCCCGCUUCGAAGCACUCAACCUCAGCUUCAAGAACAUGUGUAAACUCAAGCCUUUGCUGGAGAAGUGGCUCAGUGACGCUGAGAACUCACCAUCGGACUCUCUGAGCAACCCCUCGCCUCUGCCUCCUCUGAUGGAGGGCUAUGGACGCAAGCGCAAGAAACGCACUAGCAUCGAAACCAACAUCAAGCUGACCCUGGAGAAGCGCUUUCAUGAUAACCCAAAACCAAACUCAGAGGAGAUAACCCUGAUCUCUGAGCAGUUGUCCAUGGAGAAAGAGGUGGUGCGGGUGUGGUUCUGUAACAGGAGGCAGAAGGAGAAGAGGAUCUACAGCCCUGUGGCCUCUCUGCCCGUCAAACACAGCUACAGCUCCAGGAUGUCUGGAGCUCCCAGGUCCUACAGCCCUCUGGCCUCCAGUGCAGUGUCUUCCAGUUCGUCUCCCCCCAGUCCAGGAGGAGGAGGGUCUCCCAGCAGCUCUCCUUCUGUCAGCUCACAGGUCCACAGCUCCACUGGGUCGUGGUAUCGAUCGUGGAAUGGAGCCUACCACCACUGAUGCCCGGGACACAUGAGGGGCGUGCCUUAUCCCCACACUUUUUCUUCUGUUGUGGAUAGUCUGGUCCAAAAAGUCCACUAAGUUUUGAGUUUGAUAGUUUUGAAUUUCCUGAGUUAUUUAAAGAGUAUUAUGUGUUGUGACAAUCUCUGUGUGAAAGUCUAGUCCAAGCCAAGCCUGUGCUGCUUUUUACAUGUACAGUUUACCAAAGCACUGCGUUUGUAUGUAGCAUUUAGAACAGGCCAUGUUC